AUCUUUCAGGAUAGUCUGAAGUUCAAGGGCACCUUUGCAUGCACUCGUUCGUAUUCCACGGGAGAUGUACCCAACCCAUGCCUGAGUAUUGCCGGUCUCGGGCCUAUCGGUCUUCCUCUUAACGACCGAGAAGCUCGCUCCAUAAUCACAUUGUGCGAACUGGGCAGUAUCUCAGCCGAAUGUCCUUGGAAUACUUGGCUCAAUUCAAAGCUCGUUCCCGUCAUCUGCAAGGAUCUUGACACCAACGGAAGCGUCCCUCCGAAUCUUGUGCUGAACAAUCUGUCGAUGAGAGGGGUUAUCGUUCGAUGCACCGCGCAUCAGUCUCAAUACCUAUUCAGCAUCAACGAUAAGGACACAGCAUUUGGAAUGCUCCUCAUAACUCUGCCUUCCGAAUUCACAGGAGGAGAGCUCCUCUUCUCCCAUGCCGGUCAAACAAGAAAAGUCGACUUUGCUCCCAAUAGCUCGUCCGCAACUCACAUCGUGGCAUCCUACGUCGGAGUCGAGCAGCUGCUGCAGCCCGUCACAACGGGAAACCAUCUCACAUUGUCUCACAGCCUUCUGCAGCCUCGCACUCACAUGAAAUCUUUUCCCGCAUUGCCAGACACUUCCCGUGCCAGGAGAAGGCUGCGCAAGGUCCUGCGUUCUUGGAAGCAAAUCGAUGACGAAUCAACACCACGGGUCGUGACUUGUCUACUCAGGUACAAGUAUUCUCGGAAGACCAGUUUCAGUGCGAAAAGCUUGAUCCGCUCGGACGCGAAUCUGAUCAGUCUCCUUCGUCCCAUUGCGGCCGAGCUGGACUUCGAAUUGUAUCUGGCGCACAUCGAUUUCAAGCGGUCAAUCCCGGCCUCGGCACCAGAACAUGAAUCUGACCGAGGUGGUUACGAUACCUCGGAUGCCGAGUGCGACCGAAUGAUCGACAAAGCAGUCAAUGUGAACAGCCUGGAGGUGGAUGAAACGGAGGAUGAGUGGGAGGAAUGCUUCAGCAUUCGUCGGAUUAUGGACCUGGAUGGGUUACCUGUCAAAGUCGAGGGGCUUCCCAUCGAGAUGGAUGAUUUUAUCAAUGGAUCGUGGAAGAACAGAACCCCCGAUAAAAAGUCUUUUGUGGAGGCGGAGAUUAGCUUGGGGGUUAGUUCCACCCAAACACUUUUGUAUCAACGCGUCGCGCUUCUCCUGUGGCCCAAAAGCAGUGGGCUGGCUGUCACGGUCGGCGACGUUCGGGACUACGCAUCACAUGCCUUGAAGAAAUACAAGUCCCUCGAACCGACAACUCGAGAAGUCAAUCUAGUGAACAAUCUUCUCCGAUGGUGUUCUAGACAGUCAAAGAGCCAAGAUAAUGCAAAGGAGCUGAUCAUUGCUCUCGGCGCUCUUCGGCAGUAG